AUGAGUGGUUCCCUCCUCCGUCUUACCGUCCUCUACACUACAGUACUCGGCUUUCUAAGGUUGCACCUUGCUCAUAAGCACAAUCUUGCGCAUGCUCUAAAUUCGCGCGAGAUUAAAGAGAUUCUCAUUCAGUCUUUGAAGCAUCAUUCCAUCAAUGAGUUCUUGGAGGCUUUUGUCAACAUACGAGACAACAGCUGCCCCCCCGGCAAACAAAUAGACUGGGCCAUCGUAGCCCAUGUGGCGGAUUAUCUCUGGCUUAGCAGCGUGCUUGAUGGGCUCCCGUCUUCUUAUCCACAUGACAAGCCCGCGUGGCAGCUCGUUUUGGUAGUACUUCGGCGACACUUUCCCUUUCUCGACAAAGAACAGCUCGUACCGGAGGAUGUGCACGAGCUGAUCGGUUGUGUCAGCCCGCAAGAGCAUCUUGAUGCCGCCAGCUGCCGCAACAUCAUUAGUCGCAUCUGCAAUGGCAAAGAUAGCCAAGGCCGGCAAGAAGUUGGGGCAUGCAAUGACAUGAUAGCCAGGAGAGGCGCACUUUGGAGCGCUAUAGUAGGUGAUGAUGGUGACGAAGACGCCAUUCAUGCUCAAUUUAUGGGCUAUCAUGAGCGACGACAAGAUAGCGCCAACGAUAUUGAGAAUGACGAAGAAUAUGGCCCAAAUGAUCAGCUGCUAAAGGAACUGAAAGAGCGUGCAGUGCAGACUUUGCAAGAGGUCGGAAAUAAAGAUCUAACGGAGUUGCGUAACGAAGCACUCGUCAUUGUUACGAGUGCCAAGGAGAUCAUGAGACAGAUUAGAGGGGGGAAAGCCCACGGGAGCCGCACACCAGGCGCUCAACUUGCAGUAAGCGACGAAGACUAUCAAGAACGACUUCAAAGAGGGAGGAACCACAUUAUUGAGCAGCUCCAUAAGAAAUUUGGUGAAGAUGAAGAGGAUCAAGACGGGGAUUACGACCCUUUCUCACAAACCUGUCCUGAAACGGCCCCGCAGAAUUUAGAUACCGACAUCGACGAGAGUCAGCCAGAAGCCGAGUCCGAGACAAACGAUCGAGAGAUUCCUUAUGUUAAUCAAUUCCCGGUAUCCGGAAACAACAAAAUCAGCGAAACCAGCUUCGACAAUAGGUGCGAAUCCACUGUGGGCGGUGGAGCCACCACAGCUAGGGAAGAGAAUAUGGGAGAGCAAGUCGCUACAGCCAUAGAAGAGCAAACCGCUACGGCGAGAGGGGCUACUGAUGAAAAGCAAGCCGCUACAGACGGACAAGCUACAACAGAAACGGAAGCCCAUGCAGAAUGGCGAGCUGCUACAAAAGAGCAUAUCGCUGCAGAACAGUCCGUCACUUCACCAUAUCAAGACGCUACGAGAGGGCAAGUCGCCACAGAAGAGCGAGAUCCUAUAAAAGGAUAUGUUUUCGUAGUAUCAGAGAAAUCUGCUGACGAUGAGCAAGCCGCUGUAGGCAAUUCAUCUCGUCCUUCGAGUAUUCCAAAUCUCCAAAGCUUUUGGGGCACCCAAAGAGGGCCUACUGAAGAGCUCUCAACAUAUGGGGAGAAUUUAGAUGAGUUGAAAGCACAUCAAGAGCAAGGGGCUAAGACCGACCUACAACUUAGCCAUGUGGAAACACCCGUGGAGCGAGAGGAUAUGACCGACCGGGGUACCGUUGUCGAUUCAAUAACCGAAGAUGAGAUCGAUCAUGUAGAGAUGGCUGAUCAGAAAACUUCAGCUGGCUCGGGCUUGGACGAGCGUCGCUUACCUGGGAUCCAAGGAAAGUCUGAGCUCCAGCAACAGAAACGAAAGUGGACGGCAGAUGACGGGAACAACGGGCAACGGAAACGGGGGAAAGUCGAGAAUAUGACGCCGGUGCCGUUUGGUGAUGUUGAGCCUGUUGAUCUCCGUGUCGAGUACGACAUGUCGAUGGCAAUAUAUCGUUUAUUCCCGAUUGAGACUGCUUGGGCCAUGAUCAGCAAUUGUUUACAGUUACUAGAGGAGCGAGAUUACGUCGCCUAUUACGCGCACCUCUAUACCACCCUGCGAGACCACCCAAACAUCAAGGAAGAGAUGAUGCCGCAGUCGACAGCCGCAAUUUUGAAAAAAAUUCACGAGAGGUUUAACAUGCUACCGAAUGCGCCGAAUAAAACACAAGUAGAGGACGCAAUACGCAAUGAAGAACCGCAGUUCGCCUGGUUGAUAUAUGACAGGAUUGGGCCUUCACUGGUCGCACAAAGGGACUCGUUUCAGUUGUGGAAGAAUAUGCUGCAAGACCGCGACCAGCUGCUCCGCCUGCAAACAAUUUGUCUUAGGCUUUACAAUUUGGUCGCUCCAGGUCAAAUCACUGACGCACAGUCUUUUGAUGCGAUGGCUUUCGAGAAAAGCAUGAUGGCCACCCUCAAACAGAGUUCCUGCGCACUGAUGAUGAUUCGAAUCGUCAAAAGCGGCAUGGUCAGAUGCGGUGUGGAUUUUCAAGACUGCAAUCCAGUCACCGAGGAAGAAUUUCAGGCAUUGUUCAGCCGAAUGCACGUAGCCUUUGCUAAGCUGAAGAAGCAGAAGUGCUCAGGUGGAACAUGCAUGGCUAAAGGGGUGCUGGCAGCAACCGACCGUGCACAAAGGCGAAGCCGGCCGACUUUGACAGCGACGUGGCAAAGAAAGUUGACUCUCAAAGCCCCAGCAGUUAUCAAAACGUAUGUUUACGCGCAAACAAUCGCGACCGAGGCGGAGAAGCAGCCUCAAGCUGAUGUAGAAAAACAGCCUAAAACGCAGACAGAUCGAGUGGUAAAAGCGGCUACGGCUGCGCCUGCAUCAUACAAAAGCCCGAGCCUCCUUGAAAUUAAGAAAGAAUUUUUUAUUCGAUCGUCGCUCAAGCCUUCCAAUGCGUUACGAGACUCCCAAAGAGAAAAACACCUACAACUGGCCAAGCGCUUAGCUUCUGUCGACGAAGGAACCGGCAAGAACAUGCAGGAGUGCCUGGACAAGUCUGAUCGGGCAGAGGAAUAUUACCUCCUGCUGCUGUCGCUAGUCCGGACCAGAAAAAUACCUCUGCAUAUUCUACCAGACUCGGCCCGACAUAUACUAUCGCCCGUCCUCAAUGAUGAUCUAGGAACCACAGUCCAAGUCGACGGUGCUAGCGAGUCGCAGCUCUCUAGAUGGUUUCUGCUGCUCAGACCCUGGCGGCCUUCCCGGCACUACCGGGAGACCGGCAAAGAGUGGGCCGAGAUGCUCAACCAAUAUGGUAGUUUCGAAACUGUUGAGUUUCGUGCGGCAUUUGAAAUCGUGUUGGCUGACUUUCGCGCCACGAUUCACCGUGAGGUCGGUGAACUGCUCAAGUACGAGUCUCGCUGCCUAGAAAUAGCCAUAUUGCGAAACAAGAUCGGGAACAGAGUCGUCCGCGAGACAUCUCUACAGCAUGGGCACAAGUCGUCACCGCCAUCAGCCUCGCUUAACGGUGCCGUAGGCCAUAUGAUGACGGAAAGCUCUCCGAUAUUCGACAAAAAUUCCGCGGAGCGCCAGGUAUUCGAGAGCGAAGCGGUCGAAGCCGCAGCGUCCAUCCUAAAUACUCCGGCUUUUCAGGAUAGCCCUAAAUCAAUGGAAGGGAUACUAUUCUCGUAUAAUUAUAGGAAGGCGAAGGUUGUAUCAGAAGUACAGACAGGAGCAUGCUGUUCAGACAACGCUACCCGAGGAGAAGGCAGCUUACAAAACGAUGGAACAGCCGAAAUCGGGGUUGAAUGCGGCGAUAGCAAAGCCGCACGAACAAGAAGCAUUUUCCUAGAUAUGGCUACACAAAUGGGCGGAAAUCCAGCGUCUGGCAACCACGCACAGAGAGAUGCCAUGCCAGGCGCACAUGAGAGUGUACAAACAGAAGUUUUUAACUCAGAUACCACGACACAAAUGGAGCGCCCACCAAUGUCUAGGACUACCGCACCGACAGAAACGCAGACAAAGAGUGUACCCGGUACCCACCAGGCUAUGCAGACAGACACCUUCUACUCGGACAGCGGCACACAGGUGAAUAUCACUUCGACGUCUGACCAUGAGACACAGACAAAGACUAUACGCGGUACCCACCAGGCUAUGCAGACAGACACCUUCUACUCGGACAGCGGCACACAGAUGAAUAACACUUCGACUCCGACAUGCAACCAUGAGACACAGACAAAGACUAUACGCGGUACCCACCAGGCUAUGCAGACAGACACCUUCUACUCGGACAGCGGCACACAGAUGAAUAACACUUCGACUCCGACAUGCAACCAUGAGACACAGACAAAGACUAUACGCGGUACCCACCAGGCUAUGCAGACAGACACCUUCUACUCGGACAGCGGCACACAGAUGAAUAACACUUCGACUCCGACAUGCAACCAUGAGACACAGACAAAGACUAUACGCGGUACCCACCAGGCUAUGCAGACAGACACCUUCUACUCGGACAGCGGCACACAGAUGAAUAACACUUCGACUCCGACAUGCAACCAUGAGACACAGACAAAGACUAUACGCGGUACCCACCAGGCUAUGCAGACAGACACCUUCUACUCGGACAGCGGCACACAGAUGAAUAACACUUCGACUCCGACAUGCAACCAUGAGACACAGACAAAGACUAUACGCGGUACCCACCAGGCUAUGCAGACAGACACCUUCUACUCGGACAGCGGCACACAGAUGAAUAACACUUCGACUCCGACAUGCAACCAUGAGACACAGACAAAGACUAUACGCGGUACCCACCAGGCUAUGCAGACAGACACCUUCUACUCGGACAGCGGCACACAGAUGAAUAACACUUCGACUCCGACAUGCAACCAUGAGACACAGACAAAGACUAUACGCGGUACCCACCAGGCUAUGCAGACAGACACCUUCUACUCGGACAGCGGCACACAGAUGAAUAACACUUCGACUCCGACAUGCAACCAUGAGACACAGACAAAGACUAUACGCGGUACCCACCAGGCUAUGCAGACAGACACCUUCUACUCGGACAGCGGCACACAGAUGAAUAACACUUCGACUCCGACAUGCAACCAUGAGACACAGACAAAGACUAUACGCGGUACCCACCAGGCUAUGCAGACAGACACCUUCUACUCGGACAGCGGCACACAGAUGAAUAACACUUCGACUCCGACAUGCAACCAUGAGACACAGACAAAGACUAUACGCGGUACCCACCAGGCUAUGCAGACAGACACCUUCUACUCGGACAGCGGCACACAGAUGAAUAACACUUCGACUCCGACAUGCAACCAUGAGACACAGACAAAGACUAUACGCGGUACCCACCAGGCUAUGCAGACAGACACCUUCUACUCGGACAGCGGCACACAGAUGAAUAACACUUCGACUCCGACAUGCAACCAUGAGACACAGACAAAGACUAUACGCGGUACCCACCAGGCUAUGCAGACAGACACCUUCUACUCGGACAGCGGCACACAGAUGAAUAACACUUCGACUCCGACAUGCAACCAUGAGACACAGACAAAGACUAUACGCGGUACCCACCAGGCUAUGCAGACAGACACCUUCUACUCGGACAGCGGCACACAGAUGAAUAACACUUCGACUCCGACAUGCAACCAUGAGACACAGACAAAGACUAUACGCGGUACCCACCAGGCUAUGCAGACAGACACCUUCUACUCGGACAGCGGCACACAGAUGAAUAACACUUCGACUCCGACAUGCAACCAUGAGACACAGACAAAGACUAUACGCGGUACCCACCAGGCUAUGCAGACAGACACCUUCUACUCGGACAGCGGCACACAGAUGAAUAACACUUCGACUCCGACAUGCAACCAUGAGACACAGACAAAGACUAUACGCGGUACCCACCAGGCUAUGCAGACAGACACCUUCUACUCGGACAGCGGCACACAGAUGAAUAACACUUCGACUCCGACAUGCAACCAUGAGACACAGACAAAGACUAUACGCGGUACCCACCAGGCUAUGCAGACAGACACCUUCUACUCGGACAGCGGCACACAGAUGAAUAACACUUCGACUCCGACAUGCAACCAUGAGACACAGACAAAGACUAUACGCGGUACCCACCAGGCUAUGCAGACAGACACCUUCUACUCGGACAGCGGCACACAGAUGAAUAACACUUCGACUCCGACAUGCAACCAUGAGACACAGACAAAGACUAUACGCGGUACCCACCAGGCUAUGCAGACAGACACCUUCUACUCGGACAGCGGCACACAGAUGAAUAACACUUCGACUCCGACAUGCAACCAUGAGACACAGACAAAGACUAUACGCGGUACCCACCAGGCUAUGCAGACAGACACCUUCUACUCGGACAGCGGCACACAGAUGAAUAACACUUCGACUCCGACAUGCAACCAUGAGACACAGACAAAGACUAUACGCGGUACCCACCAGGCUAUGCAGACAGACACCUUCUACUCGGACAGCGGCACACAGAUGAAUAACACUUCGACUCCGAAUCGAGCUAUGCUCUGCCAUCAAUUUGUUGUCCAGCGCGGGAAGGGAUCCGCAUAG